AGUAGUAAAAUAAUUGAAGGACUAAUUGGACCAUCAUUCCACAUUAUGGGAUUUAUCAGUAUCUCUCCCUUAAAUUUUCUUGUGUCAGAAACUAAACUAAUGGAUUUUUUUAUUUGUUCUGUCUACUACACUGGAUUCGUACUCUCUGUCUCACCCUCGACUCUCAAACACUCUCCAACUCUCGACCUCUUGCAACAAUGGUGGGUUGGUUGAUGAAUAUCACGAAGUCGUUUAACUGUCGUCUCCAUCUCCGAUUCGAGUAGAAAAAUUCGAUCGAUUCAUAAUCGGGUGGGACUUGAAAAUUUCUCGGAUACGCUUCUUGAAAUUGGCUUUGGACUACUUGAAAUUUGAGGAGAUUGAGAAUGGGCAGGAAGUAUGCAUGGUAAUGAUAUGGAAGAGUUGAGAGGUUGUUUUCGUGGCUCGAAUUCACUCCACUAAAGACGCUUACAGCAAGCCUUAGCAUCCAUGAUGGGCAAGAAAGCACAUGUGCUGGUUGUGCCAUAUCCAGCACAAGGGCAUGUCACACCUCUCUUGAAGUUAUCACACAGAAUUGCUGAUUAUGGUGUCAAAGUCACAUUUGUUAACACAGAGUUCGUACAUGCCAAGAUCAUGGCUACUAUGCCAGAUCACAACAAUGAAGAAGAAGAAGAAGAAGAACAAAAUCAGGUCGGACUAGUUUCGAUCCCUGACGGAUUGGGACCCAAUGAUGAUCGGAGGGAUGCCCUUAAACUAUUGGAGAGUAUCCGGAGGGUCAUGCCAGGUCUCCGAUGGACUUGAUUUAACUAGAGUAUCCGAAGGACUUGAUUGAAAAGAUUGGGCAUACAGAGAAGAUUAGGUGUGUCAUAGCAGAUCCAACCCUUGGGUGGAUAUUGGAGGUUGCCAAAGAGAUGGGAAUUGAGCAAGCUGCAAUGUGGCCAGCGGGAACAAGGGGUUUACCAUUGUUUCCUCACAUUCCAAAGCUUAUUGAAUCAGGGGUUAUGGAUAUGAGUGGAGCUAUUUUGAGAAAUGAACUUAUCAAUGUGUCCAAGGACAUUCGUGCCUUCAGCACCUCUGAGUUGGAUUGGAACUGCAUAGAUGACCCCAUAAUACAAAAGAUCUGCUUUGAAUGUGCUCUAACCAUCAAACAAACUUUGGAACACUCUAACUGGUUUCUUUGCAACACAAUCUACGAACUCGACUUGCCGGUUUGUCGGUUGCUUCCCAACAUCUUGCCUGUUGGACCGUUGCUUGCGAGCGAUCAUCCGAGGCAUUCUAGCGGAAGCUUUAGUCUUCAGGAUUCAACUUGUUUGAGGUGGCUCAAUGAACAACCUGCAGGGUCAGUUGUUUAUGUUGCUUUUGGCAGCACAACAGUCUUUAGCCAGCACCAAUUUCAUGAAUUGGCCCUAGGCCUUGAACUUGCAGGCUGGCCAUUUUUGUGGAUUGUUCGACCAGGCCUCACAAACCGAUCAUUCGCCGAAUACCCAGAUGGUUUUGCUGAGAAAGUGGCUGGUCGGGGGAAGAUUGUCGAAUGGGCACCUCAAGAGAAGUUAGGUCAAUCUGCAAUUGCUUGUUUCAUGACACAUUGUGGUUGGAACUCAACCAUGGAGGGUGUGAGCAAUGGGGUGCCAUUUCUGUGUUGGCCUUACUUUGGGGACCAAUUUCAUAACAGGAGCUCUAUUUGUGAUGUCUGGAAAGUUGGUUUAAGGUUGGAACACGAUGAAAAUAAGAUUGUAUCGAGGCAUGAAAUCAAGAAGAAGAUUGAGAAUUUGCUUUCUGAUGAUGACAUAAAAGCAAAUAGUUUGAAGUUGAAGAAAAUUGCUAGAAACAGCAUUGAGAAAGGUGGAUCUUCUUGUAAGAAUUUUGAAAGAUUUGUACAACAUCUGAAACAAUGAAGAGGAUAUUUCAACUAGUUACUCAAUGUAAAUGGUUGCUAAACUAUGUUAUGUUGGCAUAAUUACAAUAACCUCCUUUACAAAUGAUAUCUUAUUUUUUCAUUAUGUUGAAAGUGUUGUAAGAAUGCAAAACUUCAAAUCAAUCAAUAAAUUUAUAUUUGUUACUCAA